AUGUUCACACUUGAAGUACACCACGGGGACUACUUUGUUGAUGGUUUAUAUAUGGGAGAUAACGAUUAUUUUGGAGUAGUGAAAUUGGUGAAAGGGAACCAACUGUUUGUGUUAUACAUAACUAAAAAUUCAACACCUAGGCCUCUAAAUGUUCAAUCCCUAGUAUUCUCUGCAUACGGUGAAAAUGCUGAAGAUUAUGAAGAGACUGCUCAUGGAUAUGAUGUUGAUGAAGAGAAUGGGCAAUAUGACUUCUUGUUUGUUGACAAAGAGGAAGACUUUGGUGAGGCAGAGGAAGAAUAUGUGAAGUUGAGAGAGGCCAUAAAGUACUAUGCAUGCAAGUGUGCUAGAAUACUAAGGUUUGUGAAGAAUGAGCCUAAUAGGGUGAGGCUGGUAUGUGAUGGUAAUAAUGAUGGUGAUAAGGCAAAUAGCAUAGUAAAAGUGAUAAGAGUAAGAGGCAUGCUAAAGGUGAAGAGGGUGAAGAUGAACUUGAAGAUUGUCCUUGGUUAUUUUAUGCUGCACAUAUUGGGAAAUGAUCCAUUGUUUGAUGAGGAUUUCAUAACCAAUCCUAACAUGUCAGUUCCUGACUUUAUGUCAUUAGUAAGGAAACAUUACAAUAUAGAUGUUACUAGGGACCAAUGCUACAAGGCAAAGAAUUUGGCAAAUGAGAGCAUUCAAGGAAGCAUUGAAGAACAAUAUGCAAAGUUAACCGUGGUUGGUUUUGGUAGGACUUUCAUCAAAGGACAACUUUUAAUAGCUGUUGGGAUUGAUGCCAACAAUGGCAUGUUCUCAACAGCUUUUGCUAUUGUGGAGACAGAAAGAUUAGGGCAAGCAAUUGAGGCUUUAAAGCCAGAUGCUGAACAUAGGCAUUGUGUAAGGCAUCUGCACAAUAAUUUCAAAGUUGCUGGGCAUGGUAGUUUGGCACUUAAACAGAGGCUAUGGGCUACUGCUAGAAGAUCUAUGUGGCAUCCCAUGUUGCCAUACCAUGGCUGCAAUAUCAAGGCAACAGAGGAGCCCAAUAAGAGUGGUAGGCCAAAGAAGGCAAGAACUAGACUAGUUGAUGAGAUCCCAAAGGGUGUCACUAGGCUUAGGAGUUAUGGAAUUGUAAUCCAUUGCUCAGACAGACAACAAUAUGGGAAGAGGCAGAGGCAGAGGCAGAGGAAAAAGGAGAGGAAGAGGAAAAAGAAUGAGAAGAGGAACCAACUCAGUCCAUCAAUCUCAAGAGGAACUUCAAUAUACAAAAACAACAAGACCUAUGUUAUAGGAGGUUUGACAAGGACUGUAGCCACUGCAAGCCAAACAGCUCCAAUCAAAGUUGCUAGCCAAUCAACUCCAACCAAUGUUGCUUCUCAACCAGCUCCUUGCAAUUUUGCUUCACAAGCAGGCCACAAGGGAAAAGGUUUAAAUCCCCUGCAAAAAAGGAUGGCUAUUUUGGAUGGAUUUCGGAACAUGGCUAUUUUGGAUGGAUUUUGGAUGGAUUUUGGAUGGAUUUCAAAUAUGGCUAUUUUGGAUGGAUUUCAAAUGUUGGAGAUGUUAAUAUCUUGCAUUUGGAUGGAUUAG